AGAUAUGUGGUGGCGUCGCCCGUUAAUGUUAACAGGACUCCCUCCGCCGGUAGAAAUCCCCCUGCUUUGGCAGCAUUGUUACCGUGCCCGCGUAGAUGGCAGCACGUGGGGAGAGGGAAGUCGCGCGCCGCCCCCGGCACGGUCCGGGUAGGAUCCGUGUAAACGUGUGAUCGUGGAUUGCGAAGCCAAGAAUAAACCUGCCCAAGAACCGCAUAGUCUCGCCAGUCGGCUCACGAUACAACACUUGGCGACAAGGACUGAGAUUUCGGACUGGCGAGCAGCGGACGCACUCCGAGACACGCUGGGGAUCGCGAUCCGAUAGUCGGCGUGCGCGGCCCAGCCGGGUGGCCUGCUGAGGCCGACGGACAACAGAAUGGUGAUCGAAGUGGCCGCCGAGGGCAACGCCACGGCGCACUGUGGUCCGAACGCGCUGACGGACAGUUUCGGCUGGUUCAUUCAGUUCCUGCUCGCCGGACUGGCAUUCGCCUCUCUGAUAAUCAAAAGGUUCUGCGAGCCGAAAACGGAGCGCCGCUCGUGGCUAAUAUGGUUCUACGACACCUCCAAGCAGGGUGUGGGCGCGUGCGUGGUACACUUUGCCAACGUGUACCUGGCGAGCACGUACACCGGUGACCCGUGUACCUGGUACAUCAUCAACUUUUUGUUGGACUCGACGUUUGGUCUCAUCGUGAUAUUCAUCUGUGUACGGAUUUGCCAACACUUGGCCGUUGAAAGGGACUGGCCAAGUAUAAACUUCGGCGAAUAUGGCACGCCGCCACUGGCCCAGGCCUGGCUGGUGCAGUCGGUCGUCUACGUCGGCAUCAUGAUCGUCGAGAAGCUGCUGGUCUCGGCGCUGAUCCAGCUGGAUAUCUGGGACACGGUCAGCAGGAUCAUCCUGGCGCCGGUCACCAACCCGCGCCUCGAGCUGGCACUCGUUGUCCUCGUGGUGCCCUUCUUCGUGAACAUGUUGAUGUUCUGGAUCACGGAUAAUUUCCUGAUGCGGCGACACGAGUCGCUAGAGGUACGCUCACCGCCGUCGCGCGGCCGCUACUGCCCUUAUCAGGACCGUGGCGAUGACGACGAACAAGUGCUGCUCAUCGACGACGGACGUGAGAACCUGCAGCAGCGCCACCCGAGCGCCGGCUCCACCGUCACCUAACGGAACUUAUAGUACCCGGUCGGUGCGCCAGGCGGCAGCACCGUCGGCCCGCGCCCGUGCUCACAUAACGUACGGACGUCUUUCAAUGAAACUAUAUUUUUGGCGAAGCUUGUGGGCAGGUAUAUCGUUUGCUGCUCUUGGUGCAGUGAGCGAUAAACAUGUGGCUUGCUAAAAGAUGCGAUGGUAUUAGCGCAAGCAUCUUGGAUAACCCGAGCGGGCUGCUUGUGCGACGAAAUUGCUAUUUUAGUAUCUAACGUAGCUCAUGUGUAUGUAGUUAUAUUCGCUCUUGACUACUUAGUCAUUCUUGGAGCAACUAAGUGUCUUCUUUCAGUGCUCAUUUUGAAGACAGUGUUGGGGACAUUUUUCAUUAAUGGUAGGUCAUGAACUUGAGCCAUUGAACCUAUUUUUCCAUCUCCCCUUCCAACUUUAUCGAAGAUGCAUAAUUAUAUUUUCUUUCGAAGAGAUAUCCUUGGGUCUCCUCACUAUAAGCAAUCAGCAUUGAUCUGAGCGAGUCCUGUGGGUGAUUCCAUUGAUGUAACCAAGUAUUAUGACCGGACAGCUAUGGGUGGUAUAUGUAGGCGGGCAGCAAAGAAUCCGGGCAGGCCAACUACUUAGGACUAACACGAAUACCAAGGUCUCCCACUGACAGAAGCAGACUGGCCUCCUUGCGUGGCGACACUCGUGAGGAGCGGCUGCUCGGCGCCCCACAGGGUGAUAGGAGCAUAGCGCGACUGUUUUCUGUAGUCUGAUGCGUAUAAUCACCGUGUCAAAUGUCUCUUGAGCACUGAACAUGUGUGUAUAACGUCAGACGUAGGAUAAUCCGUGAUUGUGGGCGUGCUCUGAAGCCUGCGCCGUGAGUCUUUCUCGCGCCGUGAAUGCGUGCGACGGGCUGCGUCGGUCCGAGAAGCGGGGUGACCGGCGCGGUCGCAGUGCCUCUCUUGGAACUCUCGUAGAGAGUUAGCGCCGCCUGCUUGGGUGCCUCUAGUGGGUGGACAGUGGACACACCACUCGCGCGUGAUGGCAGUGGCACCCGUCUUUUUCGGAACUUCAGCGUGUCUCCGGGUUUCCCUGUCUUCAGCUCGCCCUAAUUACUCCGCUGAUAUUUGGUUUCUUGCUGUUGUCGUUUCAUAUCGAACCGAUUAUACCGGGGAUCCCACUCGCUGCAAAUGGUGGUCGAGGUACACUGUAAAUGCCUACUUAUGUAUCUUGGGAUGUGACCUUUUCUUCUCGCAAGCAAGCGGUUAAUUGGAACUAGGGCAGAUGACUGGCAAACCAUUCACGUUCAUCCUUCAUCUAUGUCUAUGUAUCGUAAGCUAAAUGCUUUUCCUGUCUCCGCCCAUUAACGUUGUGACUUUUGUGACUGUCGAACUAUCAUUGCGUAUUGUUAAUCGGUUAUUGGUAUAUGUCCAAUAUGAACUGAUGGACAGAUUUGUUAGUCAUUACGUUCUGUAACCGUGGGGAUAUACUUUGAUCGCGGUAGGAUCAUUAGUAAUAGUCGCUCAUGAGUUAUGUAUUUGGGCUGGGCUGGAUGCACGCAUUAUUUAAUGUGCAGAUGAUUAUAGUCGCAUAGCUGAUGACAAUCAUACGUUUGCAGCUGCCUUCGCAUAGCGGAAUGGAUGUUCUGUGAAUCUCUAAAUUCGGUACGCUAAUGGCGAAAAAAUAUUUAUUGAUAUUCUAGUCCAAUAUCUCUGUGAAGUCAGCCGUACGCGUCCUGAAUCUGUACCUGCUAGUUCACUCUGCAUUAUCUUGACUGCGUAUGAUUAAUUAAUUAGCAAUAAGUCGACAGGUGAUUUUCACGACUCACUCGUUUGUAGCGUAAUGGUCGAGACGCUUAUUGAUAUUUCCGGAAAUGUGAAUAACUAUCGUCAUCGUACGACUAUGGGCUGUUGGAUGUGGCGUAUCUUGGGUAACCGAUCGUUUUCUGAGACGUCGGGCAUCGAUAAUCGUUUACCUGGGAUGUGAGUAUUCGAUACCGAACAUGUUGAAUGCGAUCGCUGUCACUGUCAUCUAUGUACCCUGUGACGAUCCAAACUUCUGAGAACAUAAUGGCGCCAUGUUCACCCCUGUAUCAGCUGUGUACAUACUGCAUGGAAAUGUCAAUACAGGUACGAUCUGAACGGA